AUGGCCAUACCAUUGACUGUUAUCGGACAAGAAAUUAUUCGUUAUUGUGGAACAUUUACUUUUGCUGUCGGCAUCAUCGGAAAUAUUCUUAAUACUAUCGAACUCCUUAGUCUGCGAACUUUUCGGCAAAGUCCAUGUGCAUUUUAUUUAACAAUUAUGUCAAUUAGUAAUAUUGGUUGUUUAGGUUUUAGUUUUUCUCCAUUGAUUAUGGUUGCUUUAAUAAAUUUUGAUCUAAGUGAUGUGUCAUUAUUCUAUUGUAAAUUUCGACGAUGUUUUUCUCAAGCAAGUAUUGGAAUUUCAAUGACAUGUUGGUGUUUAGCAACAAUCGAUCAAUAUUUUGCUACAUGUCUUUAUCCUCGUUGGCAACGAUUUUCUAAUAUAAAAUUGGCUCAUUAUGUAGUAGCCAUAACAUCUGUUAUUUGGAUAUUACAUGGAAUUCCAUAUUUAAUAUAUUACACUCAUGUUCGAUCAUCUGUUACAAAUAAAACGACUUGUACUGGAGUUAAUUCUGCGUUCAAUUUCUAUCGAACUUAUAUUUUUACUAACGCUAUUAUUGGAUGUGUUCCAAUUGUCGUUGCCGGUGGGUUUUCACUGUUAGCUUAUCGUCAUAUUCAGUUGUUGGCUUAUCGUGCAAUACCUCUUGUCCGACGUGAUCUAGAUAAACAGCUAACGAAUAUGGUCUUCGUGCAAGUUCUAGUAUUUGUAUUUACUCUCACACCAUAUACUACUAUCAAUACGACUGUGACAAAUAUAAAUCUUACAAAUGAUCAAAGUACUCAAAUAAAAAUUCAAUUGGUUUUAAAUAUUACUCUUGUUCUUUACUAUUUCUCUUUUGCAUGUCCAUUUUAUCUUUAUUUAUGUUCAUCUGAACGGUUUCGUCGACAAUUUAUCUACGUAUUAUCCAAAAUUGUCGCCAAACCUUGGCAACGACCGAGAAUAAUUGUAAACCAUAUUGUGCCAGUGUCUUAA